AUGGCCGACUGGACACCAGCCUCGUGGAGGUCGAAACCAAUCAAGCAGGAGAUUGCAUAUGAAGACCAAGAGGGCUUGCAGCGCGCUAUCCAGAGACUCAGACAGCUCCCGCCACUCGUAACUCCUUAUGAGAUCACGAACUUGAAGCAAUGUCUCAAGAGAGUGGCCCUUGGUGAAGCAUUCGUCCUCCAGGGGGGGGACUGCGCUGAGCUCUUUGAUUACUGCAACCAGGAUAUGAUCGAGGCAAAGAUCAAGCUGUUGCUGCAGAUGAGUUUGAUUCUGAUUUGGGGAGCCAAUAAACCGGUCAUUCGAGUUGCUCGUAUAGCUGGUCAAUUCGCCAAGCCUCGUUCCAGUGCAGUCGAGACUGUGAAUGGUGUCACCAUGCCCUCGUUCAGGGGCGACAACGUCAACGGAUUCGAGGCUACCCCUGAGUCCAGGAAGCCCGAUCCGUCCCGUCUUGUGGAUGCAUACUUCCACUCUGCUGCGACUCUUAAUUAUAUCCGUGCAGCCCUGGCUUCGGGCAUUGCCGACCUGCACUCGCCCCUCGAUUGGGGCCUGGGCCAUGUCAAGACCCCUGCCAUCAAGGAGAAGUACGAGAAGAUCACAUCCAGAGUCACGGAUUCCCUUCGCUUCAUGCGAACCGUCGGCCUGGACACUGCUAGUGGCAUCGAGACUGCUGAUAUCUACACCAGCCACGAGGGUCUCAUACUAGAGUAUGAAGAGACUCUCACUCGCGCUUCAAGAAACCCAGUCGAGCCAGCCGGGAACCGCCGCAUCCCUCAGCCUGCACAGGAGGAUAAGGACUUUUAUUAUGAUCUCUCCGGCCAUUUCCUCUGGAUAGGUGACCGCACCCGCCAGCUCGACGGCGGUCACGUUGAAUUCUUCCGCGGCAUUUCCAACCCAAUCGGUAUCAAGGUCGGUCCUACCAUGCAGCCAGACGAGCUCGUCGCACUCCUCGAUGUCGUCAACCCAGACAAAGAACUUGGGAAAGUUACCCUCAUCUCCCGCUAUGGCGGUAGCAAGAUUGCAGACCACCUGCCCGGUCACAUCAAAGCCGUCCAGGCCUCAGGACACAUCCCCAUCUGGCAAUGUGACCCCAUGCAUGGCAACACCAGAUCUACCCCGUCCGGUGUCAAGACGAGAAACUUCAGUGACAUCCUGUCCGAACUGCGGCAGGCUCUGGAGAUUCAUCGUGCUCACGACUCGUACCUUGGAGGUAUGCACCUGGAGUUGACUGGCGAGGCUGUUACGGAGUGUGUCGGCGGGGCUGCCGGUUUGACUGAAGACGGUUUGAGUGAGCGAUACACUACCUUCUGCGACCCCAGACUGAACGAGAAGCAAGCUCUUGAGCUUGCAUUCUUGGUAGCUGGUUUCUACCGUGACCAUGCCGCUGCCAAUGGCACCGAAAGCCCCCUUUAA